AUGUACUUGAACACGCGGAAGCAGUAUGAAUGGCUGCACUUCAGCGAGGACUGUCUCUACCUGAAUGUUUAUGCCCCAGUGCUAGCGCCUGGGGACCCUCUGCUGCCGGUGAUGGUUUGGUUUCCGGGAGGCGCCUUCCUCGUCGGCUCUGCUUCCACCUACGAAGGCUCGGAGUUAGCCGCCCGCGAGAAAGUGGUGCUGGUGUUUCUGCAGUACAGGCUGGGCAUCCUAGGCUUCUUCAGGUGGGCCUUGGACCAGGGGCGGGGCCGCACGGGCGACAGCCAAGCCCGCGGAAACUGGGGGCUGCUGGACCAGAUAGCGGCUCUGCACUGGGUUCAGGAGAACAUCGAGGCCUUUGGUGGAGACCCGGACAGUGUAACACUAUUCGGUCAGUCGGCGGGAGCUAUGAGCAUCUCGGGACUG